CGGGCUUGAAUGAGACACUUCCACAAACGGCUAGAUUAACCUUGCAGUGGAGUAUCACGUGGCGGUGUGUCAAAUGCUCCAGGAUGAAUUCCGAGACAGCUGAUUCGAACCAGAUAAGGACCUCUAGCGAAUACUUCCGGUGCUUCAUAAUGCACAAUGCGCAUUGAAAUGCCUCUUCUAUAAAGUUUCUAUAUGUCUUACCUACCAAUUACGGAGAUUUCGUCCGCACAGGCUCUCCUGAGAGCAGGGGAACCGUUUGUUCCAUUUUCCGAGUACACAGUCCGGGAUAUCGAGAGCUUGUCGGACGACCAGGCCUACGAGUGGCUGAAUCGCAAAUUGCAUGAAGGAAAACCCUUCGUGAUCCGCGGAUUUAAUACAACUAGCGAAUGGGAUAACUCGAUCUUGAAUAACGGAACCUUAGGCGCCUUGUCGGCCUCAAGAGCGAUACCGGUUAGGAAUUGCUCUACAGGGCGGGAUAUCAAGCUGCGACUGCAGGAGAUCUUGUACCAGGCAGACUACCCAACUCCGAGUAUUGGACGAGAUUUCCUCUACGCCAAGGAUCUACAAUGCCCCAAAGAUUGGAUUCGUGCAUUGGACUCUGUUUUGCCGCCGUCUCUAAGGCACUUGGGCACUCUUGAUCUGUUUCGAGUACUACCGAAAGAAAUUGCCCCAGAGGUUUUGAUGGCAUAUGUCGGUACUCAAAAUUCGUUCUCUGGCUUUCACCGAUGCUUCAGUGGGACAGCUGCGCUGAACCUCCUUAUCGAAUCCCAAGGAAGCGGGCAUGGGUCCAUAUGUUUUGGCACGGACAAACAUGCACAAACCCAGUAUGACGCUUUCAUGGAAGAGCUAGGGAAAUCACCUCAUACGGACUGGGCGAACGUCACAGUUACCCAGCUAAGUCGUGCGAAAUUUCCCAUUUAUGUCGCUGAUCAGUUUCCUGGGGACUUGGUCGUCUUUCCUCCUGCCACUGCUCACCAGGUUUGGAAUGUCAAUUCCCUGGUUACGAAAGUGGUGUGGAACAUAAUGCACAGUUCUUCGCUCACCUAUUUCUUUGACUAUAUCCAGCCUGUUUAUCAACAAUUGUGUCAUGCAGAUACAGGCCGGGUGCCUCUGGUUCUUCUGCAUGCACUGAAAAGCGGGUCUUGCCGGCCCGAAGACGAUGCUCUUCUUCUAAGUCUUUUUCAGCAGAUAAUCGAGGAUGAAGACGUCGAGAAUGAGACAAGUGUACGGUUGAAGCUUAUAGACACUCAAGGUGCGGUGGUCGAAUGCAACUUUUGCGGCCUGACGAUCUGGAAUCGUCAUUUGCAUUGCGAGCAGUGUGGAGAUUUUGACCUAUGUCUUAAGUGCUUCGUGUCUGGACGCAGCUGUAAACACUUCAGCAAUUUCAUCUGGGCUGAACUCCUUCCAAGGGACUACUGCAAAGAUGUCAUUAGCAGUGCGCGAAGCAAGUUAGGUGCACAGCAGACUUCAAGUCCCUCGCGUACUAAUCGAAAGUCUUUGGGAACAUUGGCCGCAGCAGCAGCCACUGCACGAAAGCAGUCUACGGAACGACUUUGCCAUCUAUGCCGUGAUAGUCACUCGGUAUGGAAAGGAAUGACAUGCUCACGAUGCGAUGCAUUCUUCUGUUUUCGCGGGCUCCACAGACACUUCGAUAUCGAUCUGAUUCCCUAUCUCAGAGAUGCAGAUUCUUGGACCUGCCCGAAGUGCUCACAGGUGUGCAACUGUCGGUGUUGCCACUUUUCACAGCCGUAUCGAAGUAAGGACAAGCCUGUGCGAGCCCGGGUGAAGCCAGUCGACCAGCGAGGGCGCAUUACUGGCUUCGUUGAUAAUGUAUUUGACCAGAGGAGAGGCAAAAGAGCGGCCCAGAACGCAUCCCCGCAGCCAUGCAAUGCUCUACAAAGUGGGAAACGACCGAGAACUCACUUCAAUGAGGAUACCAUUAGACCAGGACAGCAGAGUGAUGGUCCUCAUGCUUCCCUCGACAUUCGGACCUAUGACUCGGGGGAAAAUCAACAGACUAAGACCUUGACCCAAAUAAGGGACAAUCCAGCAGAGCAGACGGAGCUAGCCUCUGUGCGAGGCCAAGCCACAAAGGGUCAACUUCGUAUUAGUGACCUCGUGGAAGACCGGAAUCCAGCGCAACAGCUUCCGCGCGCAUUGCCUGCACACCAUUCCUCUAUAGCGUCUACCCCACCAGAAGACAACACAUACUCUUUCAGGGGCGAUAUCAGCAUCGCCGCUCUCGAGAAAAAGCUGGACUCGCUACGCCAGUAUGCAGAAGAGUUAUUGGACCUAUCGCUUGUUGAUUCGCAUGCGAAGCUCCUCGAAAAGGUCGCCGAGUUACAGAAACAGGUGGAAGAACAGAAGCGACGAAAGGCCGAGGUGCUUUUCAGCAACCUCCAUCGAGACUUUCCUGAUCUGGCUAAUAUCGCUCGAGAGGAGGCGCGACGACGAGGGUUCUAGAGACAACGCGCAGGUUCCGUGGUAGAUAUUGGGACGGACAUGGCGAAAGAGGCGAAAUGCACCAUAGACUGGCGUCGGAUUUGUCUCACUAACAGGUCUUUUGGCCCUUUAAAGUAAAAAUGCAGAG